GGUAAUCCAAUGCAGUUUCCCAGUGCGUUUGGGUCUCCUCUAUACUUGUCCUACAGCAAAAUCCAUUCAAUUUCCAUCUAACAAAACCCUAAUCCCGUAAUCCUUCAACAUGGGAAAACUACCACGAGAGAUCAUAGCGGAGAUUCUUUCUUGGAUGCGUGUCAAAUUCCUCUUGCGUUUCAGGUGCGUUUCGAAGCCAUGGUGCUCUAUAAUAGACAGUAAAGAUUUCGUAAAAUUGCAUUUGAAUCACGCCGGGAAAACUAGUUCCAAUUGUAGUCUCAUUCUUGACGGCUUGGAUGAUCAUUUUUGCUUAAGUUUAGAUUCAUUGAACCGCAUAGACAUUGGAUCUUUUCCAAUUGAGAAUCACAUCAUUUUAAACUCAUGCAAUGGAUUAGUGCUUCUGGUUUCUGACAAGCCUUUAUUGUGGAAUCCUUCAACGAGGAAAGUUAAGAAAUUACCUUUUACACCCGUAGAAUGUCCAAAGGGAACAGAGGCGUACAUACGUGAAGCAUUUGGUUUUGGGUAUGAUUCUAAAAACGAUGACUAUAAGGUUGUCAGGGUGGUCGAAGUUCGGGAUGCCAAUGGCAGGUACUUGUUUUCAGAAACUAAGGUUUAUAGCUUGAAAUCAAAUUUGUGGACAAGAGUUGAGGAUUUUCCCUACAUUCUGCCUAAUAAUAAAAGAGUAUGGGGUGUUCAUGUCAAUGGUGCUUUGCACACAGUUGUUCAAAAAUGUCCACACUAUGGCUCUAGUCAAUCUAUUAUAGCAUUUGAUGUUGGCACCUCAGAGCUCUAUGAGGUACCAGAAAUGGACCUGACUGGUGAAAAUAUCGGCAUAUCUUCAGUUGAGGCAAUGGGCGGCUGUCUCACUGCUCUUGUCCCUAAAAAGAUGAAUACAAGCGAGAUCUGGGUGAUGAAAGAAUAUGGAGUGAAGGAGUCUUGGACUAAAUUGCUGUCCUUCGUUCCACCAGUCCCUGAGCUUUACAUGGGUUUGUGCCCUUUAGCUUAUUCAGAAAGUGGUGAUAAGGUUCUCUUGGAUUAUGAUGGUAGAUGCCUUAUUUGGUACGACUUGAGAAGACAGAAAGCUAGUAAGAUUAAGUCUAUUCGUGGUUAUCGUCAAUCUCUUUAUGCUCUGGAUUCUCUUGGUCCCCCAUUUCAUGCUGAGCUUUGUGUCGGAAGCCUUGUAUCGCUUUAUAGCUCCAGUGAAACUGAUUUGACUGAAAAACAAAAAGGACAAGAGAAAAACAAAGAAAAGAAGAUUGCAAAGAAGAGGGAUGAUUUUCUCUCAGCUGGAUUCAAACUGACCCUCUGAACCAAUAACAUGUGGAGGUCGGUGUAGAAAAGCGGCAGAUUCAUUUCUUCUGCCAAGAAAUUUUUGGUUACUAGAAAACUAGUCCUUUCUCCGAGUCAAGUGAUGUGUUUUUUAUUUUUUAUUUUUUCAGUUAGUAGAAUGAUAUGUUUGGUGAGAUUAGAAACACUAUCUAUCUGUUAAGUUAUGUUGAUGGGAACGGUCAAACAAAACUGGCUUCACUUUUCUCAACAGGAUAUUGCUAAUUAGAGUGGCUCAAA